AGAAUCAAUGCGUAAAGGAAAGAAGAAGAAAAGCCGGCAACACGUAAAGUGAGCGUUUCUGUCGCGGAUCCGGUUCCGUUUGGGUCGAGAUGAUGCUGGACAGAACCAGAACCAGGAGCCGCAGGGCUGUGGUGGCGGAGCUCCUCCUGAGCUACAACCCGGAGGAGGAGGAGGCUGUGCGGUGCCGGUGCUCCAGAGUCUUCGCAGAGGACAGGGAGCUGUACCGCUCUGAUAACCGCCUGCUGUCCUCUGGAGGAGUAGAUGCGUAUCUCCAAGAAUCUGUAAAUGAGGAAGAGGAAGAUGAGCUGGAUGAAGAGUCCCAGCUGAUGGCUGAGAUGGGUCUACCUGUAGCGUUCUGCAGCUCCUCGGAGCAGAGUGUCCUGAGAAGAAGAAGAAUAAGACGAGGAGGAGGUGGAGGAGGUGGAGGACCACCCAGGACAAUCAGCACAGGCCAGGAAGAACCAUCAGACCUGGAGCAGGUCCCUCACACAGCAGGUGGUGCUGAAGUGGAGCAGCAGGAGAUCCGAGGCAGCAGCUGGGAGACCUACUGGGCUGAGAAUGGAGCAGAGCUGCUGUGGAGCUUCUGGCUGGAGAAGCAUCCAGACUCCAUCCUGGCAUCUGUGUCUGACCCCUGGAACCAUCCAGGUCAGAAGGCCCUCUGGGAACAACACGCUACAGAGACCUACUACUCCUACUGGGAGAGCUUCUCCUAUUGGAGCGCCCUGGGCUGGACUGCUGGUGAGGACGCUCACACUGACGCUCAGACGGCGCCUCAGACGGAGCCUCAGACCGGCCCUCAGACGGAGCCUCAGACGGAGCCUCAGUCCGGCCCUCAGUCCGGCCCUCAGACGGGCGGCAGAGUGGAGGUUCUGACUGAUCUGUUCAGAGGACGCUGCUCCAUUGAGGACAGCAGAAGCUGUGAGGCUGAGCUGGAGGAGGAGGAGCCUUCAGAUGGAGGACCUGAUCAGACGGAACCUCCUGGAACCUCUCAGGAGAACCCAGCCCAGCCACCAGAUCCAAAGCAGGUUGGAGCCCCGCCCCCUCACAGAGUCGGUGAUUCCAUCAGCAAGCUGUCCCAGAGAGGAGAGGAUGAAGAUGAGGAAGACGAGAACAACCCAAGGAGAUUUCAGAGGAUCAAAUCCAGUCAUGAGAUGGAUGUGGAGGAGAGACCGGAGGGACCGGAGGGACGAGAGGGACCGGAGGGACCGGCACAGAGUCCUCAGCAGGUCUGGACUGAACUAGGACUGAAACACCAGCAGGAGCCUCAGUUUGGCUCUGUAAUUAGCUACAACAGCCCUAGGCGUCGGAAAACUACGGUGGCCAGGAGGGUCAAUAAACACAUCCGAUUCUCUGAGACCGAUGGAGGCGUGAGCAGUCAGGGCAGCCUCCUCCUCCACAAGGCUAAAGACUUUCUUCAAAACGUGGCGAGAGAAACACGGCGGGAAGGUCUGGAGGCGGAAAUCAAGAGGAUUAGAAGAGAAACCAACCCUUCCUGUGAGGAGGAGGAGCCUGUGGUGGAGGAGGAGGAGGAGCCUGUGGUGGAGGAGGAGGAGCCUGUGGUGGAGGAGGAGGAGCCCGUGGUGGAGGAGGAGGAGCCUGGAGGGUCGGCAGCAUCUCCAGAGGAAGUGAACCUGUUUCCAUCAAACACGCCUGAAGGGUCGGCGGUAAAACCUGCCAGGAAGGCCAGAAAGAAGCAGAGGAGGAGGAAGCAGAAGGUCCCGGCAGAGAUGGCGGCCGAUCCAGAACUGGCUAAAUACUGGGCUCAGCGCUACAGACUGUUUUCCCGCUUUGAUGAGGGCAUCUGGCUGGACCGAGAGGGCUGGUUCUCUGUGACGCCGGAGAAGAUUGCUGAGCACAUCGCCAUCCGAUUGGAGCAGAGCUUCCCCGACGCGCAGCUGGUUAUAGACGCCUUCUGCGGCGUGGGAGGAAACGCCAUCCAGUUCGCCCUGACUGGGAAGAGAGUCUUGGCCGUCGACAUCGAUGCGGAUCGGCUGGACAUGGCUCGACACAACGCCGCCGUCUAUGACGUCGCCGAGAGGAUCGACUUCCUGCAAGGAGACUUCCUGGAGCUGGCGCCCACUCUGCGUGGGGACGUGGUCUUCCUGUCCCCGCCGUGGGGGGGGCCGGAUUAUCUGAAUGCAGAUGUGUUUGACCUGAGGACCAUGAUGGAGCCCGAUGGAUAUCCUUCUAUGUUAGAAAGUCUGUUGCUCCUGACGACGGGAUUAGUUUCCUCCUUAACCAGCCGCACCUUCCAGAUCUUCAGCCGAGCCAAACGCAUCUCAGAAAACAUCGUUUAUUUCCUGCCUCGCAACGCAGACGUCAACCAGGUGGCGGCGCUGGCGGGUCCCGGAGGGAAGGUGGAGGUGGAGCAGAACUUCCUGAACAACAAGCUGAAGACCGUCACCGCUUACUUUGGCCACUGGAUGGUGCCCGACGCCUAGCGCAGUUUUAGCUCGUUUACUUUCCAGGAACCGUUUUAGAUCGUUGAGUUUUAAUGUUGCUGUUUUUUAUACAUUUAAACACAUUAAAGUUUUUUAAUAAGGUUAAUAUUAAAAUAAAUCUUUAUUUGAUUGAAUUUUAA